AAAUUCAAUUCAAUUCUGAUUGUCGCUAGCGGUUGUUUUACGGCAUUUGCGGAACAUUUUUCCGUUUGUUAAGUUAGGAAAGCAACUAACAAAGGUUUGCGUCUGUUGCGGUACGCGGAAGUGUUUAUAGUUCUAAUUUGAUGUUAAUUGUAAAUUUGUGCAAGGCUAUGGUAUUAUUACGUCUAUGUGUAUCUGUUCAUACUAUGAGAAAAGAGUCUGCGACCGACAAGUGAAGCAUAUUUAUAUACUUUCGAUAAAAUUUAACGUCGAAAGACCAUGUCGGAUAAUGUGAAGGUGUCGAUAAAAGUGCGGCCACUCAUUAAACGAGAAAAGGACAGCAAACUAGCGUCACAAUGGCGCAUCCGGGAUAACAUUAUUGCAACCAUUGAUGGCAAUGGCGAUCCGUUCGUAUUUGAUCAUAUCUUUGAUGAAACCGUGCCCACACGACAGCUGUUUGAUACCGUUUGUCGUCCGGUGAUUCUGUCUGCACUCAAUGGCAUCAACGGAACGAUAUUUGCGUACGGACAGACAUCAUCCGGUAAAACGUACACUAUGAUCGGGAACGAUCGGGAACCGGGUGUGGUACCGUUGACGGCCAGUGAAAUUUUCGAACAGAUUAAAAAGAUCAAGGAACGCCAGUUUCUGAUCCGCGUUGGGUUCAUAGAGAUCUAUAACGAGAAGAUCCACGAUCUGCUCAACACUGCGAACACGAAUCUGAAGAUAGUGGAGAACCAGUGCGGCGAUGUGUCGGUCAACUCGAAGGAAUGCAUCACGAACUGUGCAGAACAGAUCAUACAGCAUGUGGAAGAUGGUAACAAAGCGCGCAAGAUUGGCGAAACAAAUAUGAACGAACGGUCCAGUCGAUCUCACACGAUCUUUCGGAUUACGAUCGAGUCGAGGGUAAUCAGUUCCACGAGCGGUGACGGCAGUAUGGAUAACGAAGCCGUUCAGAUCGGUAUUUUGAAUCUGGUAGAUUUGGCCGGCAGUGAGCGGGCAGAUCAAUCCGGUGCCACUGGGUCCCGGUUUAAGGAGGGUGUUUGCAUCAACAAAAGCCUUCUGUCGCUUAGCUGCGUGAUACAGAAAUUGAGCGAAAACCCCGAUAAGCAGUUCAUCAACUACCGUGAUUCGAAGUUGACCAGAAUCCUGCAAGCGUCACUCGGUGGAAAUGCGGUUACUUCUAUGAUCUGCAACAUAACGCCAGCGGUGGUGGACGAAACGUACUACACGCUUAGCUUUGCGAUGCGUGCCAAGAACAUCCGGAACAAGCCAAAGGUGAACGAAAUUCUCACCGAUGCGGCCAUGAUGAAGCGACUCGAGCGGGAAAUUAAACGGCUGCAGAAUGAGCUCCGUUCGGAGCAAAACAAGAACAGUAAAAUUAAAACGCUAGAGCUACAGAACGCCAUCACGCUACGCACGAACCAGUUCAUCAAUUCGAACCAAGCACAGCAAGCGCUGACCGACAAUGCACGACGCCGUACCUGGUGCCCGUCCACGACGGAAAUUCCCAGAUUGGCCGCUACACAACGACCAACACCGGACGUGAUGAGUGAGGCGCGAUCCUUGAUGGGACCUCCACCGGCGUUUAUCGGUGGGCAGUAUCUCAUGACCAUGAACGGUGCUACACCACAGAUUGCAAUUCGAACGAUAUCGCCCGAAGCGGAUCAGCUUCCGACCGUCAAUGGUACCGUCGAUACUGCGGGAGGAUUCUCCGCGACGCUAGCACUGAUGGGAAACGAUGAGUCGGAAAUCAAUUACCGGGAGUUACUCGACAAUAAGGAUCUUUUGGCUCGACGAAUUCGCUCAAUAUCACCGAACGGUUUGCUGAAUCCGUUCGUCACCGAGGGCGAUGAGUUUGUGCCGGGUGAGCAAAUAAGCUUCGGUCACGUAUCCUUAUCGCCACUGGCAAACAUCGAACGGGAGCUGCACACGCCGAAGAGUCUGCGUAGGACGCGCCGAUCGUCUACCGGUGAUUCACCCUCACAGUCUUAUUACGAACAGCGGUGCCGGGAGUUGGAACAGGAGCUGACCGAGUUGCAGGAGUUCACCAAGUUGGAAAAUUUAAUCGAAAGAAAAGAUCUGAAGCAAGAGCUUGUCAAGCGUGAAGCAGCUCUAUCGGAUCUGAAAAACGAUCUCGAUGAGAAGGAGCAACGCUUGGAACACCUAGAGGAACGAUGCACCCAUCUAGAGAUUGAACUGAAGCACCAGAUGUCAGCAGUGACCAAGGCAGAGCAUGAUCUCGCUCUAGCUGUUAAGGAACGCCAGACAGCAGUAAAAGAAGCAGAACUGCAUCGCAAUCAGCUCACCGGCAUCGAGUUCGAGUACGAGCGCUUCCGGCAGCGAUCGGAAGCCCGCGAGAAGGAACUGAUAGAGUCACUACAAGAGGCACGCAGCGGUGGAGGUACUCCCGUCAAUGGGUCCGAUAGCUUCAAAUUGGAUCAAAAGCGAGAAGAAAUGAAGCGUUUGGAAAUGCAAAACUACGAAUUCACACUACAGUUGGAAGAAUGUAACAAACAGAUCGAACAGCUAAAAUCCUCCUGUCUGGAGCACCAUCGAAAACUGGAACAUGUGAAACACGCAGUUCUUCAGUACCAACAAACUCCCGCACAGGUAGAGGACGUUGCUCAGUCGCUCGUGAAUUCGUUGCGCAAGUUGCUUUUGUCCCAGGAACCCAGCACAGAAAGUACCACGAACGGUUUGCAGGCCGCAUUGACCGGUUACGAUGGCGAUCAAACCAAUGGAAUCAAUGGAAAUUCCACCAUUCUAGGUGAGGAGAAAACCAUUCAAGAGUUAGUGAAAAUCGUCGAGCAGCUCGAAGAAAACGUUCAACUACUCGAGCGAGAGAGAUGUUCCCAGCAGGAAGCAAGUGAUGUGCAACUGGGUCAGUUAAAGUCGAAGCUUAAAAGUAAAUACGCAUCGAUCGAACAAUUGGAGAAGGAGCUCAAACAGUGGAAAGAAAAGUUCGAAAUUCAAACCACCGAAUAUGACGAACUAUCGACACAACUAAUGGAUCAAAUGCAGGAUAAUGAAGUGCUUCGUAAAGAGUUUGAACUGUGCCGGAAGAAUCGGACGGAGCUGGAGCAAGAAGCGCAAGCGAAGCGCACCGAGCUCGAUAGUGAAAUUGUAACGUUGCGCGAUUCGCUGGAAAAAUUAACCAGCGAACGGGUUGAUUUACAAAAUUUGUGUGAUUCGCUUAAAGCUGCAAUAGAAAAACAAGCUUCCCACGUUGAUACGCUCGUUGCAGAGAAAGAAAAAUUGUCAACGGAAUGUCGGGAAGCAAAGAUUCUCCUGGAAGAGGCCACCGCCAAACGGGAUGAGAUUGCGAAAGAACUGAAGAAUUGGAAAGAGGAAAAAGAAACAGCUGCAAGUGAUCAACUGGAAGCGUUGAGAAAUGAAAUCGUAAAACACGAAUCGGAGAUCGGUGAACAGCGUUCGGCAAAAGAGUUGCUGGUGCAAGAAAAUAAACGAUUUGUGGAAGAGUUGGAAUUGUUGCGAAAGGAGCAGAUGAAAGUCUGUACAGAAAAUGCAUCAAGAGAAUCGGAAGAAAUGCAACGGUUACAGCAGCUAAAGGAUAACCUUGAUCUUCGCGUAAAACAGCUUGAAGAGGAACUUGAAACGUGCCAAAAUAAGUUAGCAUUGGUUGAAACAGAACAAAAGGAGCAAGUAAAGCGAUUUACCGAGGAAAAGGAAAAUCUUGCAAAAACCAACACCGAUCUACAGUUACAGAUUGUUGAAAUGCAGAGUUUGGUACAAGAGCUGACAGCAGAAAAGAACAAUCGGAUUAAUUUGGAGCUAACUGUUGUGGAAAAAGCAGCUUUACUAGAGGAAUUAACAAAUCUACGCCAGCAACAGGCAGUUCAGGAAGCAGGUAUCGAGGAAUUGCUACAAAAGAUUAACGAAUAUGAGUUGAAAUUCGCGGAACUCCAGAAAUGCGAAGAGUUAGAAAUCUCCCUAAAACAAGUGCGGGAUGAAAUGGAAUCUUCAAACAAAGCACUCGCACAGCUGACGGAGGAAAGGGAUGCGGUUGUGCGGCAGGAAGCAAAUAGUCGGGAAGAACUAUUAAACGCUCAGCAAACUGUUGCAACGCUUGUAACGCGUGUUGAAGAGUUGGAACAGGAAUUGGUGUCUUCUCGCUCAAAACAAGCAAAUUGGUUAGAGAGGCAAAAAGAAGAUCAACUAGAGAGGGAGACACAUCGUAAUGAAAUAGAACAAGAGUUGGAAACAACGAAAAACAUGCUUACAAAGAUUAAAAAUGAAAACAGUGAACUCUUGGAGCGGCUAGAAUUGAUGAAAUCAAAAGAAACAUUUGAACAGCAAUUAAUAGAAAAGGAUAAUGAACUGGUUAAAAUUACAUCCCUGCUAGAGGCUGUCCAGGAGCAGUGUAGUGUUAUAGAAAAACAACUAAAGACUGAUCGCGAAUCGUACGAUACGGCUCGUCAAAAACUCGAUGAGGAAAUAGAACUGCUUAAGAAAAUGGUCGAUCAAGUGAGUGAAGAUAAAAACCUUAUAGAGAAGGAACAUUCCGAAUGCAGCACAAAGCAAAAUUCCCUUCAAAGUCAGCUAGAGGAACGCGAAGUAGAAAUGCUCAAGUACAUUAACGAUCUGGACAUGCUCCGUGCGGAACAGAUACGUUUGGUAGGAGAGCAGAACGACGCCCAGCGUAUGCUACAAGAGAAAAACGCUGCUCUCCAGCGAGAGCUAGAAUCGCUGCAGGAAAAUGUUUUGCAAUUGAUGAAUGAAAAUGAAACAUUGCUGAAAGAGCAGAUUAAUGGUGCAAAUAUACAACAAAAGCAGCUCAAUGCGGAUGCGGAAGAGUUGCUAAAAUUGCGAUCCUGUCGCGAUGAAUCGGAACGUUUGGUGGCUCAACUGGAACGUGACUUAGCGACGGUACGGGCCGAGCUAGAGAUGGUUCGCACCGAACUGCUCGAAGAAAAGCAACGUCGUGAUGCUGGUGAACAAACGGAAAAGGAACAUUCACAAUCGAUGAAGGAGGCAAUGGAACGAUUACGGUGUUGUAUCAUCGCGCUGGAGGAUGAAAAACGAAGGCUAGAGGAAGAACAAAUUCGACUUCAAACAGAAUUAGAAAGGAAAGAAAAACAAUCCGCAGAACUAGAAACACUUCAGCAGGAAAAGGAAAGUUUGCUCGAUGAGCUGCGCAAAGAAAAUAGUGAUCUUACCAUAGCGGUACAAGAACUUUCCGCUAAGAUUGUUAAUUUAGAAGAACAAAUGGAUAGCAAUGAAGCGAUACAGAGGAAAACGAUCGAUACACUUGUGCGCGAAAGGCAAGAGCAGGAAGAUACUGUUGUUGCCCUUAAGCGCCAACUUACGCUGGUUGAGGAUCGGUUGAAAGAUCUCGAAAAGCAGCAUCAGCAAGUGCACACCGAACUACGUGAGGUGAAAACAUCGCUUGAAGAAAGUCUCACGGCACGUUUACGUCUCGAAAUGGACAUCGAAGAAUCAUCCGGCGUGCGGGAUGUUCUUAAGCGUGAGCUGCAAAAACUUAAAAGUGAUCUCGAGAACAGCAAAUUGGCGAACGAGCGGUACGAGCAAGAGCGCCAAGUUUCGGCGAAUCUUCGCCGCGAGCUUGAUGAGAAACAAAAAGAACUGGAAAGCUUUAUGGCCACCGGUCGUCCAUCUCUCGGUGACGGCCGGGUUGUGCAAGCGCUUCGACGUGAAAAUGAAGAUCUGCUGAAGCAAUUGAACGAAGCGCGACAAAUCGAUGGUCUUAAGGGCCGACAGUUGCAGGAACGCGUUGAAGAGCUGGAACGGCUGGAAAAGGACAUAGCGCGACUUCGCGACGAAAUGUCGACCAUGAGACAUGAGUCGAGUUUUAACGAGAAGCUAGAAGAGAUAACCCAUCUUCAGCAGAAGGUCCAGGACACGGAAAAGGUGAGGGAUGAAACGGUGCACCAGAAACGUACGCUCGAGCGUGCGUUCGAUCAGCUAAGGUUUAAACAUCAAUCACUCGCGAAAGAAGUCGACGAGCUGCGACGGACGACCGACAAGGAGCGAAAAUCUCGCCGCCAGAGCACACACGACGAUCGACGCGGGUUGCUGUUUAACAGCAAGGAAAUGGCCACAAUGACGGAUCCUACUUCUGCGGAUUGUGCCUGCUCGGAGAUGAACGACAAGAUUAAGGAGCUACGCAACAAGCUUACCUUAAAGGACUGUCAAUUGAACACACAAAAGCUAAUCUCCUCCGCCAACCCGCUCAAGAAUGAAAUUACGGAAAUGCGCCGAAAGCUCGAAGAUCAAAACCGUGAAAAGUCAUUGAUCGAGCAGGAGUUACACUCGGUGCUACAGGAGCUUGAUAAGGAAAGGAAAGAUCGCAAGCGACACUGCACGCAAUGCAUGAGGCACAGCAGACAGCAAAACGCUCGCUGUGAUAAAGCGGUACAGGCGUACCAACCUAGCGAAAGUCCCUGUGCUGCCGUAUCCGUCUCGAUUGUGUCCACUAGCAGAAAUGGGCUGGUGGGAGCUAGUGAGACAGAAGCAAACACAGAAUUGAACACACUGCAAAAGCGUUACGACGAACAGCAGGAGCAGUUAGAGCGCUUGAACGAAAAGUAUCAAACGAUGAAGCAACUGUGCCGGAUACGGAAUGAAAAGAUUACCAGCCUAAGUGUAGGACUCGCGGAGAAGGAGAACGAAAAUACCAAUGUAAAUCGUAGCAUUCAGAAUGAAUGUAUUCAAUUGAAGCAACAACUAAAGGAGGCAGAAAAUCGGUACGCUCAGAUCUACCACAGCACUUAUCAGACGAAAGCAAAAUCGGCCAACAAAACAGAUGUUGGUUUGCAAACGGAUACUGACGCUGUUCGAGAAGAAGCUGAUAUGUAUCGCAAUAAGUACGAGCGCUAUAAAGCACUGGCCGCCCGAUUGAUUGAAGAAAGUAAAACAAACAAAUUAAACGGUCAACGGACAACGAGCGGCGUUAAACGGCCGCUUAAAAUGUCCGAAAAUCGGGACGAAAUUCUUGCUGACUUUCAGAGCAUAACGGCAAUCGACGAUGUGGCCGAAGCCAUAUUUCACCUGGAAGCAUCGAACUGGAACUUGAUUUCUGCCAUUCAACGCGUACUGCCACAGGAUCCGACCGAACGGGCCAGCAGCAAUGGUGGGCACAGCACAUCACACAGCAGCAACAGUGCCGCGUCAUCUUCAUUGUUCGCUGGCAGUAGCUCCAGUAUGGGCAUGUACAGCAACAAUCUUAACUAUCUGGAGGAGCUGCCAGACGUGGAGGAACAGAUGACGGCUCCGUCCUCGCCGGUAAAGAUGAAUUUUGCUGUCAAAAAGAAUGUGGGUAACGUUAGCAGUAGCGGUGCGGCAUUUAAUAUUUCAGAUGUUGGUGCAUCCUCUUCCCGAUCCAGCAGUAAUCACGAUUUUCGUACCGCCCUGAAUUAUUUGGACACGAAACCGUUCGAUGUGCUGUUUAAUGUGCAGUUUAAAAAUGAACAUCAUCAGAUCAGUAUAUCGAAUCAAGCAACGAUCGGUGACCUGAAGGCAAAGAUCUUCGACAAAACACGGGUUCCGGUGUGUCGGCAGGCGCUGAAAGGUUGGGAACCGGGAAAACAGAAGGAAACGGCUAACCUUAGCACCCCGCUCAAGGCGCUCAAUAUCGUCGGUAAGGAGGUGAAUUUGAAGCUGACCGAUCUUACUGCGGAAGGUUUUAUUGGGGACGUUGACGUUGAUGCACAUCCGGCAUUAAAUCUGCAAAUGUAUUUGCUGCACAUCAAUGUUCAGCCCGGGAACCAGCUGCUGCAUCUGAACUUUCCCCCUCAACAGGACAUACUGUCGAUCAAGAAUCAUGUGUAUACCAUCACGGACAUCCCGGUGCGCCAUCAGGUGUGGUCCGGGUGGCCUAGCAACAUUACCAACCACACGACGUUGGCCGAAUCGGGGUUGGGGCUGGAACAUAAUCUGUUGCUAAAGCGUGCAGAAGAAAGUGCAAUCAAGCCCAACAACAACAACAACAAUAACAAUAAUAACGCAAAUAGUAUCAGUAACAGCCAUCUGUUGAAUGCGCUCAGCAGUGCGGGCACUAGCGCCAACAACAGUCACAGCAGCAGUAGCAGCAGUCGUCACAUGAUGAACUUUGGCAACGACAGCUUACCGAUCAUUCCAGUCGAUUCGGAGAGCAGCGGCGAAGAGUUUGAGGAUGCGUCGGACUUCAAUAACGAUGAUGAUAUCUUCACCGAAACGCCAAUUAUAAAUCAGCAGAAGCGUUUAAUACCGGAUAAUGUGGAUGAUGAGACUAUUGGAAGCAUACAAUUUGUGGAAAAUUUUGCCGAGCGCUACGGUCCACAGCAUCCAAUGUUCUUCCAGGGUAGCCUGGAGGAUGCACUGAAGGAAGCUUGUCAUCGUCCGUCGGCUCGAGACCGUAAGCUGUUGGCUAUCUAUCUGCAUCACGAUGGAAGUGUGCUGACGAAUGUGUUUUGCGGUCAGCUAUUAGCCUGUGAAAGUAUCAUACAGAUUCUGCUGGAACAUUUCGUCCUGUACGGGUGGGAUUUGUCCUUUGAAAGUAACAAAAAUAUGUUUUUAUCAUCAAUAUCGGCUUGCGUGGGCAUGACGGCCUCAAUAACGGUGCGUAACAUCCCAACCGAUCGGUUACCGGCCAUUCUUGUGAUAUCCAAAAAUCGCAGCCAAUGCGAAGUGUUUCAGGUGAUCUACGGUAACGUUGGUGUGGAUGAUCUGCUAUCCAAGCUGAUGGAAGCGUCCGAUAUGUACACCGAACAGUUGAAGAUAGAGCUGCGCGAAGAAAACGAACGGUUCGCCCGGGAGCAGGUGAAGCUGGAACAAGAUGCGGCCUACCGUGAAAGUCUCGAGGCUGAUCGGGCUAAACAGGAAGCCAAACGUCAGAAGGAGAUGAUGAUGCAGUCCGAACGGCGCAGACUAGAGUCGGAGCGGGCAGAAAACGAAGCCAAGCGUGAGCUGAUUCGUGCGAAGGCUCGCAGCACAGUGCCGGAUGAACCGCAGCAGAGUAGUGGUGAAAGCAUAACCAAGAUCCGGGUUCGUACACCGGCAGGUGAAAUGCUGGAGCGCAAGUUUACCGUCGAUACUCCGCUGGAGCUGCUGUUGAAUUAUAUCACCGCCGAGGGGUACCUGAUCGAUGAGUUUAAAGUGAUCUCAGGCUGGCCUCGUAAAGACUUAACAACACUGAACCACGAAAGCACACUGAAGGAACUUAAACUAUAUCCGCAGGAAACGUUGAUCCUCGAGGAACGAUGAUUGCACCAUUAAAUUGAGCCAGUAAAACAUUGUGCGGGAGCGCCAGUAGAGAUUUACCGUAUCGCUCAUCGUCCCUAAUGCAACCAAUACCGUUCUGCCGUCGGGCGCCGUAAAGGAAAAGAAUCCUGUUUCCCUAAGGAGAGAAACUAGUUUUUUUUUUGGUUUGUUUCGUGUACCAUCCCAUUACGGGCUUCGAUGCUUGGUUUCAACUUUCGGUCAACAUUGUUGGGCGGUAUUUAUUGAUACUGUAGGGACAAAGCUCGAAAAUCAUAAUGCGUGAAAUACGGCUAAAAGUGAUGCUCCGUAAAUAGGCCCCGCACUAACAUGUAGGUUUUUAGGAUGAUUUUAAACGUUGUUCUUUUGUAGUGUACCUUUAGGAAACCACUGUGUUAUCUAUAUCGUUGGCCAAUUUUGUGUACGUCGUUUUCUACGCUUUGCGUUCUCUUUACUUCUCCUUGUCAUUUACUAAAACCUUUGUGUUCUAUUUCA